CGGGCUGUUUUUGCAUGGAACCGUUACACUGAGGACCGUUAUUUGGCAUCUAGCCUAUCCCAUUUCCGUACCGCGGCUGAGCUGAGAACAACCCGUUUUAACGAAAAUUCCGAUUAUAUUAGCAGGCAACCUCGUGGACAGAGGGGGCAGGACUAAGUCACAGCUGUUGCCGGUUUUCCUAUGUACGCUGCCACAACCAGGUCCACGUGUAUACACUAGCGUGACAGCACUUAUUCUGUUGAAGUGUGGGCAGAGAUCAGCGCAGUGCGACAGAAUUUAACCACUUACGUUUUUCUCCGAGAAUGGAGGUCUCAAAAACAAGUCCUUACGCGAAUGGAGACUCCAAAAGCGAGGACAAACAAUCAGACGCCGGAUCCACAAGCUCACAGAUUGUUUGUGGAAGUUGUCGGAGACGAUUACGAAGUUGGAUACCCCCAGGUUUUAAGGACGAGCUUGGUCAACUCUUGAAGUUAGCUGGACCAGUGGUCAUUUCACAGUUGAUGAUCUUUUUGAUAAGUUUCGUCAGCACAGUAUUUUGUGGGCACCUGGGAAAGACAGAACUGGCUGGAGUUGCCCUGGCCAUUGCUGUGAUCAACGUCACAGGUAUUUCCAUUGGCUCCGGACUGGCAUCCGCAUGUGACACACUUAUAUCACAGACGUUUGGCAGUAAUAACCUGAAGAGAGUGGGGGUGAUCGUGCAGAGGAGCGUGCUGAUCCAGCUGCUGGCGUGCUGCCCAUGCUGGGCCCUCCUUAUCAACACAGAGCCCAUACUGCUGCUGGUCAGGCAGAGCCCACAGGUGGCCAGCCUAUCCCAGAUGUAUGUGAAGAUCUUCAUGCCUGCCCUGCCUGCAGCGUUCAUGUAUCAGCUGCUGGGCCGAUACCUCCAGAAUCAGGGAAUCAUAUGGCCUCUAGUAGGAGUCGGGAUAGCAGGGAACAUUUUGAACGCUGUGAUAAAUUACGUCUUCCUGUAUGUGCUGGACCUGGGUGUAGCUGGAUCAGCAGCAGCAAACUCCAUUUCCCAGUAUGCCUUGGCUGUGUUCCUGUACAUCUACAUUGUCUGGAAGGGCCUUCAUAAAGCCACCUGGGAUGGCUGGUCCAAGGACUGCUUGCAGGAGUGGGGAGGCUACAUCAACUUGGCCCUGCCCAGUAUGCUGAUGCUGUGUGUGGAGUGGUGGACCUAUGAGAUCGGUGGAUUCCUCGCAGGUCUGAUCAGUGAGGUGGAGCUCGGAGCCCAGUCCAUUGUGUAUGAGGUGGCAACCAUUGCAUACAUGAGUCCCCUGGGCUUCUCUGUGGCCGCCAGUGUUCGGGUCGGCACUGCCCUCGGGGCCGGGAACACUGAGCAGGCUAUCAUGUCGGGGAAGGUGGCUGUUGUGUCUGCACUGUCUGUCUCUUGUGUGAUCGCUGUUCUGAUUGGGGCCUCCAAAGACGUGAUUGGCUACGUGUUCACCACAGACCAAGAGAUCGUCAAUCGGGUGUCAGACAUAAUGGUCAUGUAUGGCUUUUUCCACCUCUUCGAUGCCAUGGCGGGUGUAUGUGGGGGUAUUUUGAGGGGCGCGGGGAAGCAGUUGUUUGGAGCUCUGGGUAUAAUCCUGAGCUACUACUUCGUGGGAUUCCCCAUUGGAGUCUCCCUGAUGUUCGCUGCUAAAAUGGGAAUCAUAGGCUUGUGGACAGGCCUCUUUGUGUGUGGUUUGUUGUCAUCGCUGGUCUUCAUCAUCCUGUUGGUGAAGCUAGACUGGAAGAAAAUCACCAUUGAGGCCCAGGAGAGAGCAGGAGUUGAGAUCCAAGAUGUUGUGCUGGAAAAUAAGGCAGUCUCUGAUACCAAUGAGAAUGAGGAGGACUUGCCAGACCAAACCCAGACCCAGGUGGAGACCCCUACAGAUGUGGAGGGCAUUAGCAAGGCAGAAAGCGGAAAGGAGGCUGAAGUGCAGGUGGUCAUUGUGGGUGACGUGCUCUCCAACACACAGCUGGUCCUCAGACGUGGCGGGGCCAUCUUCGUCAUGCUCCUCGUCCUCGCUGCAGGGAUCCUGAUCAAUGAGAUUCUCACGGGCCUCCUCAGGGGAAACUGAAUCUGAUGGGGACAUGUUUACUCUACACACACACACACACACACACACACACACGUGCAUGCACUGACAGAGACAGGAGAGAGGCAACAAUGCAACACACGGAUACAAACACCACACACACACACCCACACCUGGACUGUCCUUCGAGGAAAACUGGGCUUCUAAACUGAAUGUAGUUCCAUGGUAACAGCCUUGCAGAUCAGACAGGGAAACCAUUUAGCGAAGAGGAAAGAGUUGGUUUAUGAAACAUUCUUCUGUAAUAGUUAACAUUAACAUGCUAGCUGUUAUUUUAGGACCUCGUAGAAGAAACUUUGUUUUUAGCCAGUUACAUUUUGUAGAUGUGUGUGGUAUGUUCAUAUCCAGUACACUGGUGUUGCCUGUUAACGCGCAAUGGUUGAAAACGCUACUGGAAUGAUCUGUGUUAGCUAAUCUCUGUGUGGACAUGGCGCUACAUGCACGCUGCAAGCCUGAGUCUCUCCUACAUAGAUCAUAUACCCUCACACACACACACACACACACACACACACACACACAAAUCCCUCAACAUACUUGUAUACUGUGAGGAUCGUUUAUGCUGUGGAAACCAUUGACUCAACCAAAGGUCCAUCUUAAUUUCCUUUUGAGAGAGAAUGAGAGAGAUCAAAGACUCUAUAUCUAUAUAUAUGUGCCUAUGAAGUCACUGUACUUGACACUGUGCCUACUCUGUGCAAUAUGAAUAUCAAGCCAAAAAAAAAAGAAACGUGCAAAACCUAUGUGCACUCAGGAACAAGAGGAAAAGACAACUUAUGUAAAAGCUUUUGGUCAACUUCCAAAUUGAACCUUAAGUUGACCCUGUGACCAAAGUCAUGAAAACUGUGUUGUCCCUUUUAAGGAGAUGCCUUUUCAAAGGGACGUGGUUUUAGUGUUGCUGUCUACGAACAGAUACCGCCACUGAAUGUUACUGACCCCACUUGAUUCACUGCUGUUUGUAUUUUUUUCUAUUUUUGACCUCAAACAACCAUGUGGCAAGCAUGCUCUUUAUACCCCUUCAAAGCCUUAACGACAAUCAUUCAUUAAAGUGAAUUGGUUGUA